AGAGAGAGAGAGAGAGAGAGAGAGAGAGAGAGAGAGGGAGAGACAGAGAGAGGAGGUGUGGAGGUCUGCAGUGAGGAGUGUCUCUGUCUCCUGAGUUUCACCUGUGGUCUCUCUCUGUGAGGACAGUGACUGGGCCGUGUGACUCCGCUGUGUUUAAGUGUGUGAACAUGGCGGGUACAGUUCCGACUCUCCCAGAGUCUUUUGCUCCGAGUUCAGACAGCGUCUUUUCAGACCAGUUUGGGUUCUACUCCCUGGACUCCAACGUUCCUGGACUUUCCAAAGUCAUCCUGGACAAACUGAACAUGAAGGAAUAUUCAGAAUACAGGGCUGUUCUGGAGGGGAAGUCUAAGGUUGGUUUCCGUUCUCAUAAGGAGAUGUUUCAGAAACUGGAGGAGACGUUUCAGUUCUGUGCCUACUGCUCUAAACUCCCCUCCAACCUGCCUGAUCCCAAAGCACUGAAACGCUGCAUCAAGUGUCUAAAUGUGUAUUACUGCAGUAAAGACUGCCAAAAGAAGGACUGGCCUCUCCAUAAGAAGUUUUGUAAGAUGCUACACAUGGUGGCCAUAGACCGGCUGGUGGAGUGGCUCAUUCACACAGGAGACUUGCCCUUUCUCACGGAGGCAUGGUCUCGUCCCGCUAAAGAGAUACGAUGCUGGGAGGACUGGCUAUCCAUGCAGGGUGACCUCACACCCCGACUGGAGCCCAUCAUGUCUAGCAAAAACAUGACAGACCUCUGGGCCAACGCCUGCAGACCACGACCAGAGGACGCAGAACUUCAUGUGUCUAUGUGGCGUGUGUGUAGCGAGUUUCUCUCACGUCCACUGACGAUAGGUCUGGGGAUUCGGAUGUGUUGUCUGGACCCAUAUUCCCGUCCGCUGACCAUCCACCUGGUGGGUGCCGGUCAUAAUGAAACCCUGGGAGCCAGGACUACGGACCUAGACGAGCUGAGUCGCAUGUUCCCUGGCCACCAGGGCCUGGAGGUGGUGAUGGUGGGGCCGGAGGUGGUCCAGGGGCCCAUCAUGAGGCCACCACUGAGGGCGUUUGGGCCCAGAGGAAGGGUUUACAUCAGUGCCUACAAGGGCCUCUACCACCAAUUCUGGGAGGAAGUUGUGGAGAAAGGAGAGGCAGCCAGACCCGAUCUUGUGGUGGGAUUUCAUCCAGGGUUCCACGCGUCUCAGGGUUUGGGAGAAGGUUGGUUGCCCACACUGCUCCUCCUCAGAGAUUACAACAUACCCUCACUGUUCACCAUGUACAAUGACGGUGAGCUGCAGUACUCUCUGCAGAUCCUGCUGGAGUUGGAGAUGGACAUUAAGGGCACUGGGCCGAACCCCUUCAGUUCCCAGAAGGCCGAGCAGGUGCAGUCCUGCCCCAACAAACAGCCCAGCUACUGCAACGCCUUCUACCUCUACUUCCAGGGUCUGCUGGACACGGCGCUGGAGGAGGAGCUGGAGCAGUAGAACAUAAAGCUGCUCUAGUGCUGGUUCUUCACACACACUGCUAUCAGAACAAGCCUACAGAAUUACUUCACCUCCAGUAGAACUGAUAGGACUUCAGAUGUUCAGAGGAACCUUCUGACGAAGUCCAGCACACAGUGACCUUCCUGACGUUUGGGAUUUUUGCAGUUUUGUUUUUUCUCAGAUGUGUUUUUUUUCUUGUAAGUGUCCUCAAGCCAGCAGAUAUCUUUAGAGAACAUGCUUCAACAGGACAGUCUAGAACAGAACAGUAGCACGUUAGAAAGUACAUGUAUGUAACUUUCUGGAACUAGAAUAGAGGAACCUUAGGUUGCACAUGAACUGAAAGAACCCAUUGCAUUCUCAUUUUUUUCCCAUGGUGAAAUUGUUCUUCAGAUGUGUUGUAUAAGGUUCUAUAUAGAACCUUUCUGAAAAUGGUUCUUUAUUGCAACAAUGUUACAACGACAGCCUGACAUUGUCAAAAUCCUUAAAACAGUUAAAUAGUGCUGGAUAGAACCAUAUACAACAUGUUUUCCAUCAGUCCGAAGAACCAUUUCACCAUGGAACUAUUUAACGGUGCAGAUGGUUCUUUGAAUGUUCAUAGUUCUAUAAAGAACCCCUGAAGAACACUUUUUAAAGAGGGUACAAAUGGCACAGUGGAAUGUUAGAAUGUACAUGUAUGGAACAUUCUAGAUAAUAAGCAGAGGAAUGUUAGAUUCUGUGUGUGGAACAUUCUAGAUAAUAAACGGGAAUAUUCGAUUGUGUGUGUGGAACAUUCUAGAAGCAGAACUGUGGAUGCACUGGGAAGAGAUUAAAAUAGUCAGAGAGGCUCUAA